UCUAGAUUGGGCUUAGGCCGUCCACCCGAUGAGACACGACUGGCGAGUAAGCUGCGUGGUUUGGGUGAGCGAGAAGAUGAUGCAGGAACUAGUCAAAGACUCCAGCAGAUUAUCGCCCAAAACAGUUUUUUCUUGAGGCAGAAAAAACAGCAAGUUGAGCGAUUGCUUCCACCGACCGGGCGGUACUGUAACUCGCUCAUCACCGACGGCUCUUUUUGGAAUCCGGAGUUUUUGUCGAAAUUCGAGUUGCUGCAACGAUGGCGGAACUUUCUAGCAGUGCAGAGUGGGAUCCUGUUAGUCCUGGGACCCGAUGCGCCAGUCGAAGAUCGGCUCAAGGCCAUCCUUCCGACUAAGAACGCGCCUUUUGCAAUGGCGCACUACGUGAAUGGGAGAGUCGAUGAUAUCGCCUCCGUUGUCGAAGUAGUGAAUGAGGCGGUGAAAGGACAGCAAGAAUCCGACGGAAGCUCCGAGAUUUCCUUGAUUCUGAUUCUGGGUACGCAAGCAGAAUACGCCACAGCACUGGGGCUGCAGGUCCACUGUCUGGCUCCAGUUGUGGAUGGUGGGGAGAUGAAAGUCCUGCCUCAAGACGAAGAUUUCGCUUUACAACAAAGUAGUGCGAUUACCUGGAGACUUCUCACGCGAAACUACGACGAUGCGGAUGAUUUGAUGCUAAGCACGACUAGCAGCUCGUCUAGUGAGCAAGGUGAUGUCGCCGAACAAACGAAGAUCACUGAUUUGGGCUUAGCAGAAAAUCGCGCACGACCUGAAUUUGUGAUGAAUCGAGCAGAAGGCACGACAGAAAAACGCAUCCUGCAGAAGGGUCGUGGACCAACAACAAGAACAAAUAAUGCAGAGGUGGUGGCUUUAUUCGACGACGAAACAACAUCAAGUUGUACGUUCAAAUCUCUGGAUCUAAACGGCCCCGAAUGGGAAUUGUUUGUGCAGCCAACCGCCGAAGGUGGCGGCGAAUUAGAUGACGACAAUAAGCUACUCCUUUCUCUCGGGAAUAUCACAGUCCCUUUUGCACCUCAGAGUGCGCUGUCUGGUCUCCAAACGAAGAUAUCAGACACGGAGCGUCUUUUCUACAAACGGACUGGUGUGAGGUUGCCGAAACUCCCUGUUAGUAGUGGUGCAACUUCCAGCACUAGUUCUAGUACCACAAAGUGGAAACUCCGCUUAGUGGUAGAUGGUUGCGACUGGGCAUGUGAGGUUUUUCUAAAUGGCGAGUCCCUCAUCGCGCAUCAAGGUGGGUAUGACCGAUUUGAGGUCGAUAUUCCCUCAAAAUUUGUCCAAGCUUCGGACAAUAACAAACCUCUAGAACUAGUUAUCACCGCUUGGGACCCAACCGACAAGGGCUGUGAAUUCGUGCAGAGUCCUCCAGUACCGUGCAUUGAAUGUUAAGGUUAGUGUUAGUGGUGUUGACAGUGAUUGUAAAUGUAUCUUUCUACCUACAACAAAAUGAAACUGCUGUACAACUUACUACCUUCUCAAAUUCUAAGAAUCCUGCCAAAUCGCUACGCAACCGAGAGGAAAGCAGACGCUAGAGCCAGGUUUUAUCAUGUACAGUCCGGUCACUGGUAUCUGGCGUGGCGGAGUCUGGAUUGAGACGGUACCGGAUUGCAACCUGUUGGACUGGAGUUGGCAGUAUAGUGCAGUCGACAAAAAACUCACACUCUUCGGUUUCGAACUAUCCAGUGGAUGCAAAAAGAUUCUUUCCGGUAGUGGUCGACAGCAGUUGGAAUUGAGUGCAACUUUCAAAAGUUCAUCCUCUAGCACGACUGCUUCUGUUUCUUCUAGUUCCAGCCCUCAAGAACUAGUGCGGACGGGAACCAUCACCCUAGACGCAGGCAUAGUUGGAAACGAAGACACAUUGGCGAAGAACUACCAACAAAGCGAGAUCGUAUUUGAAAACCUUGUGGGCUUCGAGGAGUGGGACGUCGAUCAUGCGGUCUUGCAUUCACUGACUUUAGAACUGCAGCUAGUAGAUGGACAACAACAACAAGAACAGCAAGGUACAGCAGGUAGUACAGCGGUCUCAGGAACAAUAGGACUGCUCAAGACUACACAGCCUUUGUUCACGUUGCACCACUCACUUGGUUUGCGAGAGCUAGUUUUGGAGAAAAACCAGUUGUACCUCAAUGGCAAACUCUUCUUCCUUCAUGGUGUACUACAUCAAGGAUACUGGCCAGAAAGCUUGUUGACGCCACCAAAUGACGAGGCUGUGUGGCAGGAGGUGCGCGCGAUGCGGGCAGCCGGCUUCAACACUGUUCGCGUUCAUAUGAUCGUUUUCCCGCAAGUUUUUUACGCCGCUUGCGAUGCAGUGGGGCUUCUAGUGAUGCAAGACAUGCCGAAUGGUGAUGGUCGCGUCAUCCCAGCUUGGGAUAUGCACCGUCGAAAUCGACAGAAGGAUAUGGAGAACAACACAGGCUUUGACGAGAUUGUAAUUAUGGCUACAGCGGACGAGUGCAGGUAUAAUUCUCAACAACGUCAUUCUUGCUUUUUUUCAAGAUGAAAAAGAAGGCAAGUUGUAGGAAGAUGUUCUACUCAGGGAAGAUGCGAUAGAUUGCGAACGCAAUACAUAGCUCUAAAGUAAGGUCCAAAGAAAGCUAUGCAAAUUUUUUGGCUGAGUUGCGUGCCAUGAUGUUUCAGCUGAAGAAAUUUUGCAGUGUGGUCGUGUGGGUCCUGUUCAACGAAGGGUGGGGACAAAGCAAAACGCUAGAAACCGUUCAACUCGCGAGAUUCUGGGAUCCGACGAGGCUCAUAGAUGCAGUCUCUGGCUGGAACGACCCACUGCUAUUCGGCGAGCCCUAUCCGAUCAUACAAUUCGAGGAAUAUUUAGAUACGCAGGAGAAAACGCAAUUUGCCUUCGACAUAGGAGAUUUUUUCGAUGUGCAUAACUACGAAGGCAGCCCAUUCCAAAACCUGACGAAAACUUUCGACGUUUAUUAUGGCUGCAACAUCAGUGAUGUAAACCUCCUAAAGGCUAGCUUCAUCCAUGUCUGUACAGUUGAUGUAUCUACUACCUUAGCUUCUUCUUGUUUCUCAGAUGAAAAAGAGGUAACCAGAUGAUCCUAGGCUCUACCCACGACAAGAAGGAGAAGGAUGAUGCGACUGCUCAGCACUGCCUUAUAUUUCUCUACUUCUAAGUCUCUCCCUUUCCUCUAGCCAACAGACCCAUUUUAGUUGGGGAAUAUGGCGGCAUAGGGCAUUCGCUAUCCGAAGCCCAUGAGUAUGACCCGGAUGCGAGUUGGGGUUACGGCAACGUUAGGCGAACACGGCAAGGCUUCCUGGAGGCAGUUGGUGCCGUAUUCGAUCGAUUGAGGAUACUCGCGUGUAAAAAGGAGUACAAUUAAGGCUUAGAUUUGAGGAUGAAGAAUUUUCAGCGAGGAGAUAGAAGGUGAGAACUAGCUACUUCUCGUGGAAGAUGAAGUAGAAAAUGACCACUAGGACUACUUCUCCUGUAGUAUUAAUACUACCAUGAUAAUCACAAUUUGAUCCUCUUUUUCUUUCGCUUGCUUCCUCUAAUCUGCCGUCGUUGGUGGUGUCUAUACCCAAUGGACAGACGUAGAGACGGAGAUCAACGGUUUAGUAACCUACGACCGCGUUCCGAAGAUGAAGAUGAGGGAUCUGCGCGAUUUGAGCGAGAUGCUGCAGAAAGGCUAUCACAGCUGCACAACAGCACGCUGGUCAUUGCAGCUUGCAAGAGGUGAGCUACCUGGAUCGAAGGCUAACAUAAUCGCAGAAGGAGCAGAUGAGAACGAAUAGACUUAGACUUUAGUCAGAACAAACAUAAAGAUGGUAUUAUCGCUAUAAUUGGAAGUCGAAGACAAUCUAUCACCCGCAUGUUCACCGCCAGCAAGAAGCACUUUCAAGAAUUCUAGAUUGAUGGCGAAAAAUGAAGGGGCACACUCACACGGACACCAUCAAAAUUUACCAAAUAUUCUACAGGAGAAAUCUUCAAAUGCCAAUGAAACUGAAAUGUUCUUAGGAAAAUCGAUUUAUCGCCAUGAUCGCAUGUUGAGAAAG